AUGUUCAGCCCGCGCGCGAUGUUUCAAGAUGGUGGGGCGGCUCUCGCCGAGCAAGGGAAGUGCAAGGCGGUGUGCCCCGAGUCGGGCGGGCUCAGCUCGGCCCCCACGCGAUGCCCCACGGCAGAGCUGUGCGCCUUUGGCGACGACCAGGAUGCCGACGCGUUCGAGGAGAUUUUGGGCGCCACCGCCUCGCCGAAGGACGGCGACGAGCCCGCGCUGCUCGAGGCGGUGCUCCGCUGGCGCCGAGGGGGGCUCCUGCGCGAGUCGCAGCGCCACCGAGGGGUGCCCCCGGGCGCCUCCGGUCCGUGGCGUACUGGGAGCAGAGGGCCGCCGCCGCCCGGCAGACGGUGGGCUCGCCCUGGGAGCUUGGCGUGA